GGUCCAGACCGAGGACAGCGGCUACCUUCUGGCUUCCUAGCCUGGUGCCGCGUCUGCCACCAUGUCCCUGGCGGCCUCAGCGGGCCGGGGCCCGGGGACCAUGUGGUCCCCUACCCACGUGCAGGUGACGGUGCUACAGGCGCGGGGCUUGCGGGCCAAGGGACCCGGGGGCACGAGCGACGCGUACGCGGUGAUCCAGGUGGGCAAGGAGAAGUACGCCACGUCGGUGUCGGAGCGCAGCCUGGGCGCGCCCGUGUGGCGCGAGGAAGCCACCUUCGAGCUGCCUCCGCUGCUGUCCUCCGGGGCCGCGCCGGCCGCCGCCGCCACCCUGCAGCUCACCGUCCUGCACCGCGCGUUGCUCGGUCUCGAUAAGUUCCUGGGCCGCGCCGAGGUGGACCUGCGGGAGCUGCACCGGGACCAGGGCCGCAGGAAGAAGCAAUGGUACACCCUGAAGUCCAAACCCGGGAAGAAGGACAAAGAGCGCGGGGAAAUCGAGGUCGACAUCCAGUUUAUGAGGAAUAACAUGACGGCCAGCAUGUUUGACCUCUCCAUGAAAGACAAGUCCCGGAAUCCAUUUGGAAAACUGAAGGACAAGAUCAAAGGGAAGAAUAAGGACAGCGCCUCGGAUACCGCCUCGGCCAUCGUCCCCAGCGUGACACCCUCAGUCGACAGUGACGAUGAGUCCUUCUCGAAAGACAAGAAAAAGAAGUCAAAGAUCAAGACUUUGUUUUCCAAGUCGAGUCUGCAGAAGACGCCCCUCUCCCAGUCCAUGUCUGUCCUGCCCACUUCCAAGUCAGACAAAGUUCUGUUGCGGGCCGGAGACUUCCAGUCCCAGUGGGACGAUGACGCCCAUGAGGAUGAGUCCUCCUCCGCCUCGGAUGUCAUGUCUCACAAGCGAACAUCCAGUACAGACCAACAACCGAACCAGUCCAACUUCAGCCUUCCCAAGAAAGAGGGGCUUUCCUUCCUUGGGGGCCUCCGGUCCAAGAAUGACUCUCUUUCCCGCUCUACCGUCUGUAUCAACGGGAACCACGUUUACAUGGAGCAGCCGGAGGCCAGGAGUGAGAUCAGAGAGAGCAGCCCUUCUAAUUCCCCAUCCCCGCAGGGCUUCAGGAGGAAGCAUUUGUUCUCGUCCACUGAAAACCUGGCUGCCCGCUCUCCCAAGGAACCAGGGGAAGGAGGCGGCACAUCUUCUGACAGGCGACUGUCCGACUCUUCCACCAAGGAUUCCAUGAAGUCCAUGUCUUUGCCAUCCUACCGGCCUCUGACCAGUGGGGACAAUAGAGAGAGCAUGUCUCCAGCAAACGUGGAGGCUGCCAGAGAGACAAAAGACAGCAAGAAACAGGAGAGCAAGAAGUCCUCUUUGCUUUCUCUGGUGACGGGAAAGAGGGAUGCGGCGGCUAAAGGCAGUGAAAGCGAACCUCUUCCCACUGUCUCAGAGAAAGAGAAGGAGAGGAAAGGCGCGCUCGUGGAAGCCCAGCUGCGGGAGGAAGACCUCAUGAGAAGGCCUGAGAAAGAUGCUCUACCUGUUGCCUCCCAGUGGGGCAGCUCCUUGAACCCCUUUGAGGACGUGCAGAUCUCAGACCCGGGAGCCACCACGGAGUCCAGGUCGGAACCGAAACCACCAGUUCCUGCGGCCAGGGUUCCCCAGACCAAGGCUGUGAAGCCGAGACUGGAAGUUUCUCCAGAGGCUCAGCCCAAAGCCAGGCUUCCCUCCCCCGACUCUGCUCUCUUUGCCCCCUUUCCCUCUGACUCUAUUCAGCCUCCUGUCCUUUCCGACUUGAGAUGUGACUCAGAGACACAGUUCUCUGAAAGUCCUUCUGCCUCCUCUUUCUUGUCCCCCUUAGCAGCUCCUAUCUCCACAUCCACUCCAGUCGAGCCCUGGCCCACAGGCCAGGGUGAGGCCGAUGCUGAAAAACCUUCCUUGCUCCUCAGAGCAGUCCCUAGUUUAACACCGGCUGCAAACACUGGUUCUUCUGCCUCGGGAUCACCUUGUGAACAACUUCCUACACCUGUGCGGAAGGGGACGGAAGAGGCGUCAGGGGACACAAGGAAGGAAGCUGGCAGUGAUGAAUCGGGAAAGACCCUCAUGACAGAGUGUGUGUCUUCUGUGGAUAAUGUUCACGAUGGCGGAAUGACUACAGCAGGGGAAGAAGCAGCGCCCCCUCUUCUAGAGGACGAGGCCUCCUCGUUUCACCGCAUCGCACAGAAACACGAGGGGAUGCAUCAGAAUGCCAGCGGAGGGCAGAAGAAGGGCAAGAAGCGCGUGUCUUUUUCUGAACAGCUUUUUGUGGAAGAAGAAACAGAAGGACCCACUAGGCUUGAGGAGGAGGACAGAGGUCAUGCCCAGCAGCUGACACAGGAAGGGCCUGUUGCUGGAAGCGUGCUCCGUGCAGGGUCUCCAGAGUCUCCCCACACAGAAGGCACAGGACAGGAACCUGUGACCGCAGAAGCUCAGCCUAACAUUUCUUCUGAAGGCAAGUGUUUCCCGGAAGGCCCCACAAGUGAAGCCAGCCCAGCAAGAGGUACCCAGCCUUUGAUGGAUGAGAAGGAUGACCUCAUGGCUCCCUGUCAGAGCAAAGCCAGCGAUCAUGAAGGCCUGCUCUCUAACCCCCUGAGUGACCUUCCGUCCGCCUCGGAUGUGAAAUCUCCCAUCAUAGCUGAUCUGAGCUUGUCUCUCCCGUCCAUUCCUGAAGUGGCAUCGGAUGAUGAAAGAGUCGAUGAGGUUGGAGAUGGAGGAAAGGCAGAGAAGUUGGUUGAUCUAGAAGCAGGAGUUUCACCCUGGAACGUGUCACAUUCCAUCCUGGAGACGUCAGGAAGGUCUAGUGGCAGGGCAGGUGAAUCAGUGCCCACAGAGAAUCAGUGUGACUUCAGGCCCCAGGUUCGCUCAAGUGAGAAUGAAGAGCUACCAGGCCCUGGCACUGUCGAGGAAGAGAAGCUGAUAGGAGGUGAGAAGCCAGCUUCACCUCUGUGCGUAUCCCAGGACUCUUCUGUGCCCAGCCCCUCAGUCGCUGAGACCUUUCCCGCCGCAUACUCUUCCCCCAGUUCUCCACCUUCCGACACUCACCACACCAGUGAAGCAGAAUCGCAAAAACAAGCAACGGCAGACGUCUCCACUAGUAGAGCUGAGAAUUUUGGCAAGAAGAAGCCACUUCUACAAGCCUGGGUUACACCCUCAGAGAUACAUCCAACCCCAGCUUUGCCAAGCGCAGGAGCUGGGGCAGCCAAGCACAGGCCUCACCCUGUGAAGCCCAUGAACACAACAGCCACCAAGAUUGCAAACUCUAGUUUGGGAACCGCCACCAUCAUCACUGAGAACCUGAUCAGCGAGGCCCUCAUGAAGAAAUACCAGCCCUCGGAUCCCGCCUUUGCCUACGCGCAGCUGACCCACGAUGAGCUGAUCCAGCUAGUCCUCAAACAGAAGGAGACCAUCAGCAAGAAGGAGUUUCAGGUGCGGGAGCUGGAGGACUACAUCGACAACCUGCUAGUCAGAGUCAUGGAGGAGACCCCCAACAUCCUCCGAGUGCCGGCGCAGAUGGGCAAGAAGGCCGGAAAGAUGUAAACUGCGGGAAGGAGGCGUGGUCUGAAGGAGGCGUGGUCUCCCUAGUAACUAGCACACCGGUUCCGAAGGCCUGCUGUGUGCAUCAUCUCUCAAGAGUUAAUUCUCCUAGCUGAAAACCAGAUUAAUGAUUACAACGAAUCUUUUACUAUACAUCUCCCAGCGUUUUGUUUUUCAAUGCCACUGUGCCUUUGACUACAUUGUAAAUAUCAGAUUUGAUCCGAUGUGUUUUAACGCCAGGGUUGUUGCCCUUUGAUGCUGAGAUCUUCCGGUAUGGAUCCUCCGUGAAGGCAGGCUCAGGGUGAGAUGAGAAAGGGACUUUGGGAUGUGUGCUGUUUCACCCGCUCUCUUGGCCUUUGAGCACCUCGGUUGAGGCACAAGCUCAAUUUUUAAUUCGGGUAAACCCGAGGACUCAAGGGUUGUUUUGGUGAGGGUUGGUUUGGGAGGCGUUGUUCUGUUUUCAGGGUGGGGUGUUAUGUAGCCCCGGGCUGGGGCUGCUCUUGAACUCACUGUGUACUGAGAUUGGCCUUAGAUUUCUGACCUUUCUGCCCCCCACUGCCAAGUGCUAGGAUUACAGCCGUGUUUGAUGCCUUCUGGUCGGAGCACGGUUGUUUACAUAAAACCUCUGAGCAUGCUUCUUAGAUUUUUGAAUAUGCCUUUUACAAUUGGCAGUACCCUCUGGCCUUAAAAAUAUGUUCUCCAUGGAUUGGGGGAUAUAGCUCAGUGGGUAAGGUGCUUGCACUACAAACCUGAUGGUCUCCGUUUGGAUUCUUAGCAUCUAUGCUAAAGCCAGGAAGAGUGGCAUGUGCCUGGGUGGGGGCUGGGCUGGGGGAGGGCAGAGCCAGGCAGAUCUCAGGGGCUCACUGGAAACUCCAGGUUCAGUGAGGGACAGUCUUAAACAAUAAAAUGAAAAGCUACCAUAGACCUCUGCCCUUCAUGUGGUCACACACACACACACACACUGCUCUUUAGAUCUAUAGGGCCAUUUCCUGGAGACAUGAAAGAACUAAAGAGUCACUUUUCAGGCUGGAGUGAUAGUCUAGUGGUUAAGAGCACUCACUGGCUGAACAGUGGACCAGGUCCAGAGGACUUGGGUUCAAUUCCCAGCAACCACAUGGUAGCUCACAACUGUCUGUAAUUUCUGUUCAAGGGAAUCUGACCGUGUCACCCGGACAUCCAUGCAGACAAAAUAUCAAUACACAUAACAUUAAAUUUAAAAGGAAACAGAGAGUCGGUCUCUCCUCAGGGUUCGGGGUUCCUGUUGCCCCGCUGGCCUUUCCUAGGUGGGGAGGGGACUGAGUUCCUCUACAGCAUCUCUGUGAGGUGGAGGAUGAUUUUAGGACCGGACCUUUGGCCGUUUCCUGCCAUCGGCUUGUCUCAAUGGCGUUUCCUGGAAGGGAGUAGACAGUCCACUGAUUUCUCAAGAUGAAGGAGGCUCAGGCAGGGGCUGGGUAAGUGCUCAGGGGUAGAGCGCCCCAGCCACACGUCAGCGGUAAGGAACAGUUGUGAAGAGCUACAGGAUGGCAUCUGCUUCUUUGCUGCUACCUCCUGAUUUGGGGAGUUUUGUUGCUGCUAUUUUGAGACAGAUCUCACUGGCUUUAAGCUUUUCACACAUACACACACCCCCACCCCCACCCCCGCCUCAGUUUUUCAAAUUUCCAAAUACUGGAAUUACAGGUAUGUGCCACCAUUCCUGGUAGAUCAAUGUAUUUUUUUUUUUAUAAAAUGUACACACACACACAUAUAUAUAUAUACACAUAUAUGCACACCUUAAUAUAUAUAUAUAUAUACAUAUAUACACACAUCUUAAAACACACACAUAUGUAUAUAUACAUACACAUAUAGAUGCACACCUUAAUAUACACACACACACACACACACACACACACACACACACACGGCCGCUUUUUCACUAGUAGAGGGAAUUCCAUUGCUGGUCACCUCAUUCUGGAAUUAAAAUGUUUCAUGAUUUUUUUUUUUCUUCCUGGUAGUAAUAAAAAAUCUCACUAAAUCUUAACACCUCUGCUCAGCGAGUCAUAGGCCAAUGCCGUGGAUAGGGUUGCCGUGGAUAGGGUGGGGUAGCGGUGGUUCUCAAUGAAGAAUCUGUGUGUUCUUAUCACCCGGAAGGUGAGGAACGCUGGUUAUACUGCAGCACUUUAAUCUGAAGGGCAAGACUGUAACUUGAUUUACCUAACAAGCUGUUGAUGAUCCACACGUAUUUUUAUUUAAUCUCUCUUACAGUACUAGGGACCACUGUAAAUUUCUUGAGAUGAUUUGUAUUUUUUUUUUUUUUUAGUGUCAUGAAAUUCAUUAAUAUGCCUAUAAAGAAACUGUAUCCACUUGAUCUCUGAAAAUGUACAUGUAUAUUUCUGUUCUGCAUCCUGGGGUUUUGGUUUGAUUUUUUGUUUUGUUUUUUUUGUUUUUAACUUGAUAUAAGUGCAUUUUUACUGUGAUAACCUAAGUGCACUGGAGCACUGCUCAGAAGAGGCAGCCUGGGGAGCUGCCUUGUGUAUGAAGAGUCUGGAGGUCUCUACUGCUACUCAGACCUUUGGUAUGUAACCGAGUCAGCUCUAGCGAGGACCGUCUAGGUGAAGUGAAUUCCUGUGCUCUGAAAUGCCACUUGGGGACUCUGGAGAAUGAAGGACAGUUUACUUCGGGGGCUUUGCUGGUUUCUGCAGUGCUGGGAAACACUGCCUUUCUGACGUUGCUGUACCUCACAAGGUAAUAGAGGCCCUGCCUACUUAUAAUAACUGUUCCUGACUAUUUGGUCGGGCACUAAGGAGUGAUACCAACCAAGGGAAGCCGAACCUGCAUUGAGCCACUGGCAGAGGCUGGUGACAGGGAGAGCCCUGGAGCUACUGAGGCUGACCUCUGCCUUGUGCUUGUAGCUUCCACUGAUGCCAACUUGAGGUGCCCUGGAGGGGCCUACACUCUGGAGAAAGAAGAGAAGGAAGGGAAGAAAGAAGAAAGAAAGAGCCCUUUCCUUGCCCAUGCCUGGCUACCUCCAAGAAAGCCCAGCCAGAGAUUUGGGUGGGGUAUGAAGGCGUUGGAUUAAAUACCAGCAUACUCCAUUUUAGGACAGCAUCCUAAAAACCAGCCAGCCCUUGGCCUAAUCGUUUCAUAUCAUCUUAUCUUUGGCUUCGGCACUUGGCCUGGCUUCCCUGUUUUAUUCCACCAUAUUACCUUUACUUGGGCCACAGAAAGAAGGAGCAAGCAACCCUGCCCUGUGCCAUGCUCCACUGCUGUCCAGCAAGAGAGGCUGGUCCAUGACGCUUCACCGUGCACUGUAUCGAGGCUAGAGUUCUCCAUCCCUAGGUUCUUCUCCCAGUCAACCACACCGCCCCCUUUGGGUGUCUUGUGCUUGCUAAUUCCAUGCUCUGUUGCUGAGUUACACUCUUAGCUGGACCCUCCCCCGAGUUGUGUUUCUGUCUUUGUUUUUUGAGACAGUUUCUCAUGUGAGCCAGGUUAAUCUUGAUUUUAUGGCUAUUAAUGACCUUGAACUCAUUAUCCUCCUGCCUCUGCCUUCUGAGUGCUGGGAAUAUCAGAGUGUGCUAUCAUUCACAGCUUUUAAUUUUUUUUUCUGAGGGUGGGGGUGGGUACUAAUUGAGGAUCCUUCAAGACUGAAAAUCUAUUGUCUUAGAUAAGAAGCAUGAACCCGGGCUGGAGAGAUGGCUCAGUGGUUAAGAGCUCUGACUGGGGCUGGAGAGAUGGCUUAGCAGUUAAGAGCACUGUCUGAUGUUCCGAAGGUCCUGAGUUCAAAUCCCAGCAACCACAUGGUGGCUCACAACCAUCUGUAAUGAGAUCUGAUACCCUCUUCUGGUGUAUCUGAAGACAGCUUCAGUGUGCUUAUUUAUAAUAAUAAAUAAAAUCUUUAAAGAGAGAGAGAGAGCUGACUGCUCGUCCAGAGGUCUAGAGUUCAAUUCCUGGCAACCACAUGGGGACUCACAACCAUCUGUAAUGGAAUGCAGUGCCCUCUUCUGGUGUGUCUAAAGAGGGCUAUAUGUACUUACAUAUAUUAAAUAAAAAAGCCUUUUUUUUUGAGAGAGAGAGAGGUGAACCCAUGCCAACCCCAACUCUGACUUUUCCUACCUACUUUGAUAAGCUACUAAAUUGACUUUCACCUCCCUCUAACGGAAGGUUCACCUAAUACUGUGUGUUUGCCUUACAUGUGCAAAGCACUAGGCUUGAUCACACACUCCAGCCCCAGGACUGUAAACUGAGCAAUGUGACGGACGAUCUGUAAUCCCAGCCAGCACCAGGGAGGUGAAAUCGGGUGACCAACAGUUCAAUUGCAUUCUCAGCAGCAUAGGGAGGUUUAAGUCAGACGGCGAUACACAAGCCCUUGUCUCAAAACAAACAAAACCCUAAGACUUCCUAACAAUAAAUACAAUCACACUACCUUUCAA